AUCUGUAAUAAAAUCCAAAUAAACUCAUAUCUGUAAAUUAGGAAUCUUCUGAGAAAGUGACCAAAGCGAAGAAGAAGGUUUCCGAAGUAAAUAUGUCUUCCUUAGGGAGCAGCAAACCCCUGAGGGAGGAGAUGGAGGUAACAACAACCGCCGAUGUAUUGCCGGAGGUUAACGCCGCCACGGAGACGGAAAAUCUUGAUCGGAACGAGCUUGUACUUGCUGACGAAGUCGUGACGGUUGAGGAAAGGAAUAUUGAAGCGGACAAUCGUGGAGAGAGGCAGACAGAGAGCGAGACUCCUCCAGAGGAUGAUGUUUGCCCGAUCUGUUUCGGUUCCUUUACGGUUCCGUGUCGUGGAAAUUGUGGUCAUUGGUAUUGCGGAAAUUGCAUCUUGCAGUACUGGAACUAUGCUGCAAUAUCCAGGCCUUGCAAGUGUCCCAUGUGUGUUCGACACAUCACUAAGCUGUCACCAGAAGCAUCUUUGCAAGAGCGCCAGGAGCAAGAAGUGAAGGAGGUUCUUGAUAAAGUCCGUAGAUAUAACCGUCUCUUUGUUGGAGGUCUAACUGGCUUUGUUCAGAAGGUGCACGAGCUGCCGUUUCUAAUGAAGAGAAUGGUGUGGCAUAUGAUGGAUACCGAUGUGAACAAUCUGUAUUUUCACGAAGUGCGCAUCUUUGCAAUGUUUAUGAGUACCCUGUACACUGCCGCAGAGUUUAACUUCAUCCCAACGGGCGGGUUCAGAAUAGUGACAGUUUUUGACUACGCUGCAAUCGCUAUGAUCCUGAUUCUGCGCAUAGUAGGGAUAUAUCGGAGGAGACGCCUUGCUCAGCAGGUUAGACAUCUAGCAGCUGCAGCAAUUGAGCCGGAAUUAGAGCAAAGGGAAUUGUAACAGACACGUGAAUGUAUUAAGUCUUGUGCAGUUUGAUCCUUGUGGAUAAGUUUGGUAGUAGAUCAUAGAAACCUCAAGAGUCGUGUGCAGUUUUACAGACAAUGAUAAUCCAGAUGUUAAAGUAUAUACAUAUCUAUAUCUCCUUUUCUAACAGUGAAAAUAAAAUGAUUGGAAAAGA